AUGGAGCCUUCUUCCCAACUCUUUGGAGAAACAGAAGAAUGCAGCAGUAGUGAAUCUGGAUGGACAACUUAUAUUGCUUCUCCUGUGCACUGUGAUGAUACUCAAGAAGAUGAUGAUGAUGAUGAUGAGAAGGAUGGAAACAAUGACAGUGAUGACUCCAUGGCUUCUGAUGCCUCAACUGGUCCCAACCAUGGUGAAGGUGAACUUCUGUGUGACAGUGGUGAGGAUGACAAGAAGUGCUAUUCCUACACCAAAACUUACAGGAACAAGAAGAAGGAGAAGAAAAAAGAUGAAGACAGAGGAAGAUCAGAAGCUGUGAAACAAGAGUCGGUGGAGAUGGCAAAUAGUGCUACUAGUUCUGUCAACAGUAGUGUGAAGCUAGAGACCAUAAUCUAUGGCUAUAUCCUCUAUAUGCUCCAUUUGUGA